AUGAUUUACAUUGUACAUCUUCUCUAUAUAGACAGUGCUUCCAUUUAUAUUAUAAACUCUUACCCCAUUAGGUACUCUAUUGAAAUCUUUGGCAUAGUAUAUAAACCAUUACUCUUUGACUUGAUCUGUGGCUGCUAUUGCCGAUCAACAGAAGGUGGUAUGUUGGCCAAUUGUACAUGCACAUUGGUCAAAGGUCCAAAAAACAUUAUUGUUGAUACUAUGACUCCAUGGGAUGGUAAGAAUUUAAUAAAUGCUAUUGAAAAACAUGGAAUUGGAUGUGAUGACAUUGAUUAUGUAGUUAGUACUCAUGGCCAUUCUGAUCAUGUGGGUAACAAUAACUUAUUUUUAAAUGCUAAACAUCUGGUAGGCCGAUGUAUUAGUUACAAACAGAUGUACUAUGAUGACAGUGCAUUUUUCAACAGUGAUGGUGUGUAUGAAAUUGAUGAGAGUAUUCGAGUUAUUUCAACCCCUGGACAUACACUGACUGAUGUAUCUGUUAUCGUUCAGACCCCCAAAGAAUCAAUCGCAAUUGUGGGUGACUUAUUUGAAAAUGAAGACGAUAUAAUGGAUGAAUCUAUUUGGUUAAAUGCUGGUAGUGAAAAUCCGGAUUCACAGAAAAAAUAUAGAAAAGCCAUUAUAGAACAAGUGGAUUGGAUCAUACCAGGUCAUGGUGCUAUGUUUUCUACUAGGAAAUAUAAGUGAACAAUUAUUAUUAAAUAUUUAAAAAUAUUUAAAUAAUCUAAAUAUAUAAAUAAAAUAUUAAUAUAUAAUAAUCAUAUUAUUUAUACAAAGUACCUAUGCUGCCAAUAAUUGUAAGGAAUUGUUAACAAACAUUAUGAUAUUAUAAUUAUUAGUACUUGUUUUA